AUGGCGACCAUUAAUCAGCCAACUGCCUCUAUCCGGAAUUUCCCUUCCACGUUGAGGUUUUUCCAAGACAUGGAUAAACACCUCGACUCGUUCCCUCGUUUCAGCCACUCAAUCCAUGGCAAUCGCGGGCCCCACCUGGGCCAAGCUUUCCUCCCCAUUUUCGAUGUGAGAGAGCUGAGCAACAGUUUUGAGCUCCAUGGAGAGUUACCUGGAGUCAAAAAAGAAAACGUCAAAAUCCAGUUCAAGGGAAAUAAGUCACUGGAAGUUAGUGGCUUUGUUGAAAACUCCUACCAGUCACCUUCCAACCAAGGCGACAAGGACGAUGCACCCGAUGAUACUGCAACAAAAGAUACAAAGCCUACAGAGCACGACAGUGUCAAAUACUGGGUUGCGGAGAGAAAUAUAGGCGAAUUCUACCGCUCGUUCACCUUUCCGCAGCGUGUCCAGCAGGAUGGCACCACCGCGGCGCUUGAAAACGGCGUCCUUACUAUACACAUACCGAAAAAGCUAGAUGACGACUCUGCCAAGCAUGUGGUUUCUAUUUCAUAA